UUUCAUUCCAGGAGGAUGUUGGUGCAGAGAGGAGAAAACAGGCUAUUGUAGAACAAGUUAUGGUGGAUCAAUUAUAUAGAGCUGUUUUAAGUGAUCCAGAGCAGUCCACACCUUUUGAUGCUUGCAAGGAAACUCAAGGACUUCUGGGAGUUGAGAUAGCACCAAUGCAUUUUAGGAAAAGGACAGUCCAUGAAACGAAAAUAAGGACCAAAUCCGGACUAACUGAGAACAUGCUCUCCAACAAGCUGUGCUUUGAUAGUAGGAUUAUAUCGAGAAAUGGUCACAAUGCUUGUAGGGAGCUGAUUGUUUUUUUUGCAUGUGACAAAUCCCUUACUGUGUAUGAAUUUCGACAGUUUGGAAAAAACAGAACAAAUGCCUUGCCUUUCAUUCAGAAGGGAGUUUAUCAACAUCAACGUGGACAAAAAAAGGGAAAAGCUUAUUAUCUUAGUGAUUUCUACAUUGGAGCCAAUCUGACUUUCCGAAGUGUUGCUCAUAACCUUCCAGAAAGUGUUAAGCAGAAUCCCGUCUUCACCCUUUGUGUGAUAAGUAUUGAUGAAGCAGCUACGGAUUAUCUAAAGUGCAAAACCCUUGAACUGAAUAAAUGCUGUGUCCUUUAUUUCUCUAAAUCAGGUAUAUUCAGAGAAACACCAAGUAAAAGAGGAGUUCUGGUUAUAACAGGCUUAGGAAAGUAUUUCCAACAAAUAGACAAGAACAGAAAUGGCUUUCUCUCUCAGGCAGCCUUGAAAGAAGCUCUAAAAGUAUUCCACUUGGAGAUGCCUGAAGGGGACUUUGACUCCUUAUGGCUUAUUCAUGAUGAUAGCAAGAGCGAUAAGGUCGACUAUGGAGAAUUCACUCAUGCCAUAUUUGGAGAAAUGAAUGAAUAUAGGAAAACAUUUGAAAGAAAAGCUUAUAUGAAACUAGUUUUCAACAAAACUGGGAGUGUGCCUAUGGUCGAUGUCAGAAAAUGUUACUGUGCAAAGAAACAUCCUCUAGUAUUGGCAGGCAAAACUGCAGAAGAAGAAAUGAAAUUGUCAUUUCUAGAAGCAUUAGGAGAGUUCUGCAGCAACCCCAGUGAAGUGUCCUAUUCUGAGUUUGAAGAUUACUAUAAAGAACUAAGUUUUGGAAUUGUGGAUGAUGAUGAUUUUGAUAAUAUAUUAAGGAAUUCAUGGGGAAUUUAG